AGAGCAUAUUGUGCACCAACAAGACGAGUAUAUAUCUUGUUUUGCUGCCCAGCUGAACUAUGUAUCGAAAUCACCCCCAAUUUUACGACGGACAGUACCCAAGAAGCAAUUCCCGAUAUAGUUAUCCAAAUUCUGAGGAGAGAUCAAAUGCUAAGAAGCAACGAAGUGAGACUUUAACAUCCGAACAAUUAGAAAUAGAUAAAGCUCUGAGUAUAAAAAAUGGCUCAAAACCGAAAAAGAAGAGAUUAAGAGAUGAUGCUUAUACAUUUGUUUCCACAACUUCUUUGCACGCAUUACCUUUUGUGCUUAGAUCUAGAUCCUAUAGUGGUAGAAUUUUUUGGAUACUAAUUUUUUUGGUGGGAACUGGUGCAAUGCUGUGGCACUUGUGGUUAUUGACUAAAAACUAUUUGAGCUACAGCCUCGCAACGACUGUUAAUAUCAAAUAUGAGCAUCUACAAUUCCCUUCAAUAAGUGUGUGCAAUGAAAAUGCUCUAAGACAAUCAUUGGUAUUUUCUGCCAACCUAAGUGUUCCUGAUGCAUUCAGAGAAUAUGUUUUAGGGCUAAAAGAUACUGAAGAAUAUUCCAAAAAUGAAACCAAUCCUGGAGAUCGACCCCCUCCAGCUAACAAUAAGCGAAGGCGAAAAAGAUCCACCAAACCAAAAAAACCAUUUCAUGUCAACUCAAGCUCUGAGCUUGAGCAAAAAUCGCCACAAUAUGAAAGGGAUCCAGAAACCAAUGAAGAAUAUGGCUAUGGUAAUACUUCCACAGAGUAUAGGAACUACGAGACUUACUCAAAAGCGCUUCGAUUAUUAGAUUCCAGUUUAAGAUACGAUUUAGGUCAUCAGAAAAAUGUAUUAAUAUUAAGUUGUGCAUUUAAUGGUAUAGAGUGCGAUACAGAAAAUUUUACUGAUUAUCUAUCGCACGACUAUGGAAAUUGUUUCACAUUCAAUGAUUUCCUUAAUAGAUCGAAGUCACCAAGACCGCAAGGACUAAGAGUUCGGGGAAGUGGCACUACCUAUGGAUUAAGUCUCUUGUUGUAUCUUGAAAGAAACGAGUAUACGCUAGAAUUGACUCCUGCUUCAGGAGCUAGGGUUGUUAUUAGUGAAUUCGGUUCCCACCCAAAUAUUGAUCACAAUGGCUUAUCUCUCUCCCCUGGAAAGGAGAUUGAUAUUGGUUUAAAAAAAGUUUUUAUUCAAAGGUUAAAAUAUCAACAACAUACGUGCAAGGAAGAGACAAAUUACUUACAAUUGUCCUAUAACUACACACAAGGUGCAUGUAAUUCUCUAUGUGAAGAUCAGAUGAUUUAUAAAUAUUGUAAUUGCCAUCGUCCCGAGUUUAUGGAGCAUUACAAUGAUAAUCAGCUUCUAUCCGACAUUUGUGAAAGUGAAAAUCAGACAAGGGAUCGAGAUUGUCAAGUAAGAAUUCUCACCCGAAUACGAAAUGCAAAGUUAAACUGUUCUUGCGAUAAAGCGUGUUAUACAACUGAUUAUGAUCUAGAAAUGUCUAUGAAAGAUUAUCCAGCAGAGACUAAAUGGUUCACAUUUAUUAACAGAGUUUGUGAGGAGGAUUCCCAUGAUUGUUAUUAUUUACAACAAAUUAAAAAAGAAGAUAGAAGGAGAGUUCUUCGUGAAAAUUUUAUUAAACUUAACAUAUUUUACAGAGAUCUUAACUUUCAAUUGGUUAAUGAGGAUCUAUCCUAUGAACUGGCUCAGUAUCUUUCAGAUUUUGGUGGAUCAAUUGGCCUUUGGAUUGGCAUGAGUGUCAUUACUUUAAUAGAAGUGGUUGACACUCCAGCUAGAAUGUCGACUUUCUUUGCUAAACUAGAUCCCAAGCUACCGCCUAUUCCUGAAAAUGGACAGAUUGAAUGUCUCCCUUUUCUAUGUGCUGUAAAACAGAUACCACCGUUUUUUGAUUUACUGGGAAUUUCAUUUAAAAUAGUAAAAAACGAUAUAGGCAACAAUGUUGAAAUAUUGCACAAAGCCUUCAGUCGAGACACAGCUAAGUAUAGCACUUUCGACGAUAUUAUACAAGACGAAAUUUUGAGGCAAGCUGAAAAAUCUAAAAAUUCUUCUUCUCUUUCCUUUCUGUGGUUGAAAAGGGCUUUGGAAUACAUGCACAUAUUUCUGUUGCAAAUAGUGGAGGAUCAUGAAAAGGGAGGAGAAACUGAGAAUCUAGCCUCGUUCUGUCAAACUGCAUAUGAAAAAACUUUGAAAACAUACCACGGUUGGUUCACUCGAAAAGCUUUUAGUAUGAUAUCUCAUACACUACCUUGGAAAAAGGAUCUUUUGAAGACUCUAGCAUUUAACCAAGAUCAGGUCUCGAUUGAUGAAAUUAUCAAUGAUACAAAGCAAUACUUAAACGGACUUGGGGAGAUUGUCAAGGGCAUGAACAGCACAAUUGAUAAAUUCAACAUUAACUUUCAAGAUGUCGUUUAA